GCGAGCGGACAAGUAAUCUGUGGAAAAUGAAGUACAACUGGGCCCUGAUUCUGGUGCUGGGUUCCGUGGCACUGACCACCGCCCAGAGGGAUAAUUUCUGCGAAAGGAACGAGACGAUUCGCAGCGAAGUGCCGGUCACCAAGCAGCGGGUCAUAGUGAAGCAGCCUUCGAAGUGGAAGUUCUGGAAGAAAUCGGAGAGGAAGUCGGAGUCGUACGACUCGACGGAGGAGCAGGUCACCCACCGGCUGGUCAGGGAGUGCUGUCCGGGCUACUUGCAGGUGGAAUCGGGAUUGUGCGAGCCCGUCUGCACCCGCGGUUGUCCCGCCCACGCCAGCUGUGCCGCUCCCGAUCGCUGCGAGUGCAUCAAUGGCUACGUCUCGGCCAGGAAUCACCAGGAUGGCAGCCACUACUGUGAGCCCAUCUGCCACAACCAAUGUCCUGCCGGAGCCCAGUGCGUAGCCCCGAAUACCUGCGAAUGUCGCGAAGGCUACACCCAACUGAAGCCAACUGGCGACGGUGUGAGUGGCGAUUGUGCCCCAGUUUGCCAGGUAGGCAAUGGCUGUGCCAAUGGCAAGUGCAUCGAUGUGGAGCGGUGCUUCUGCAAUUCGGGGUAUCGAUGGGACAAGAUCGAGGAACGGUGUGUCGAGAUGAGUGCGGAGUACAGCUCGGAGGAGGCCGAAACCACCGAGGAGAGCUCCGAGUCCUGGGGCACCAGCUCAACGGCUGCCUUCACGGCCACCGAGUGUCCCGAAGACUAUGUUCUUUUCCGUGGCGAAUGCCGCGAGAAGCAGUUCAACAGCAACGAGGAGGCGGGCUGCCUGAAGUCCGGCUGCGGUGCCUACCAAACAUGCCAGGAGUCCGGCAAAUGUCGCUGCUCCGAAGGAUAUGUGGCCGAGGAAAAUAGCGAACCGCUCAGCUGCCGGCGCACUUUGAUCGACCAAAUACUUGGCCUAAACGAAGCCACCGACGACGAGGACGAGCUGAAUCCCUGGACCAUCCCCAUAAUUGGCGUGGCCAGCGGAGCCCUCUUCGUCCUGCUCAUUGUGGGUCUGCUGGGCGGAAGGCGGUAUCGCCAGGAGCGGACUGCGGCGGCCAACAAGGAGAUGGAGUGCCAGUACUCGCAGAAGACCGUGGAUGUGGACGAGUGGGUGCCGUGAAGGGGUGCAGUGAUCACCCUCGGCGUUGGGCUGUGUUAGAUCAACUUUGAUUGUUAAUUUUAAAAUAUUUUUCAUUCGUAAAUAAAGCUAAUCAACUUAAUAAUA